GGAUUACAUCUUUACUGCAACACAUUAUUUUUGUCCCUUUAAAACGUGCAAUGCUAAAAACGAACUACAAUUCCCGUCAUGCCUCUGCUCCUGGUGCCAUAUUCCCGGGGAGGGGCUCCUCAUAAGUAGAACUACAUCUCCCGUCAUGCCUCUCUUCCUUAUGGUCUGACAUUUAGCCCCAUUGCCAGCAGUGAGGCUGCCUUGUUCUAUAUGGUCACAGAGAUACACUGUUUCCUGCUGGAUGAAGACUCCAAUUCCCUGCAGCCUUUGCCAGGUGAGAGCAGGUUUAAUCUCUGCCCAUCCUCCAAUUAAUAAUAAUCAAUACAAGGUUCAGUUUCCUGACUGUACAUUCUCAGUGCUACUCACUGCCCUGCAUUUCCUGUUUCAGUCCCAGCAUUAAUCCUUGUUUUGCUCAGUGAUUACAGGGUUAAUCAAAUUGUGUUUAUCAGGAGUUGGUUACAUAAUGGUAAUUUUUGUAGCUGUGUUCCCUAUUCUGAGUCUUCUUGUUCAUAGGGGCUCCUCUAAUAUUGUUGAUGUGUCUGAGCUCCACAGCAAUAAUACUCUCAGUAAUGUGUCUUUAAACUACAAUAAAUGUGUUUAGAAAUCAGUCUGUGUAAAUAAGAUACGUUGUUCUUGUUAUAAAUUACAUUUAAUUGUAUAAAUUAAGUUAUUAGUAAGUCACCUCAAAUUUCUGGUAACAGCAGUCCCAGUGCCCCUCUAUCACCAUGUGACAUGUUGGGAGAUGUGCCAGGAUAGAUGGUGUAAGAAUGUAUCAUCCCCAUUUCAGAUACCCCUGUGUAGAUACCUUUCACUCUAGACAGUAGUGUGAAUUGUGGGGAAUUGAAAGUGAAUUUUCUAUUUUAAAAUUUGAAAUUCACUCCGAUUGUAAGCUCCCUUUAGCUACCUCCCACAGAAGCCCAGAGAGGCCAUAUAAUUGUAAUAUUUUUCUGAUGUUAUCUCAAGAUAUUAACAAGACAUGGUUGCUCUGGGCUCCACCUCCUGUUUCUGUACUCCUGACAUUCAUAAUUUUAUUAAAUAGUCUGUAAGCUGUCGGACCCAGCAAUCUCUUUAUUUACCAUUAAUUCCCUCCACCGGCCCUCUGUUGGCAAAUGUAAAAUAUUAGGUCAAUAUAGCUAAACUGUAAAUACACAGGACUGAGAGAAUUGUUACAAUUUGGUUAAAGGACCACUAUAGGCACCCAGACAAUUCAGCUUAAUGAAGUGGUCUGGGUGCCAGGUCCAGCUAGGUUUAACCCUUUUUGCUGUAUGGGUUAAUCCAGCCUCUAGUGGCUGUCUCAUUGACAGCUGCUAGAGGCGCUUCUCACUGUGAUUUUCACAGUGAGAAGAUGCCAGCAUCCAUAGGAAAGCACUGAGAAUGUAUUCCUUUUAGACUGGCUGAAUGCGCGCGCAGCUCUUGCUGCGCAUGCGCAUUCAGCCAGGGAUGUCAGAAGAGGGAGGAGAGUCCCAGCGCAGAGUGAGCCCGGCGCUGGGGAAAAAAGGUAAGGGAUUAACCCCUUCCUCCCCCUUCAGCGCCAUGGGAGUGGGACCCUGAGGGUGGGGGCACCCUCAGGGCACUAUAGUGCCAGGAAAACGAGUAUGUUUUCCUUGCACUAUAGUGGUCCUUUAAUGUGACCUUAAAUGAGAAAUUCAAUUAAUGACAUUGACAUGACUGUAGAACCCAGCAGGUUUCCAUUGACAGAGAAUCCAGUAUUCUGUUUCCAUGGUAACUUCCUGGUGUUUGCAGAUGUCUUUAUAAGUAAUGUCAAGGUGUUUGGCAUCUACAGCCUGCAUGAUAUAUUGUACUUUGUGAUUAUUUAUCGGUGUGAUAACACAAGCAGGUAAUUCUCUUAUUAUAUAAAGCUGUUUAAAGGGGCACUGCACUGUUCAAAUACAAAAUAACUGAUCAUUUCCUAGUAUAUAUAUUCCCCCCAAAAACUUGCAUGCAUUUAAUUGUGAUUUAUUUCAUUGGAGGUAUAUUUAAAAACAGCUAGCAAAAAUGCAGAUCUCUUGUCUGCUGUCUUUGCAAGCCCUUCCCUUCUAACUCCCCCCAGACUUACUGUGACUGUCCAAUCACAGACUUCUCAAUGCAGCUCAAUGAGAAGUCUUUGCGAGGCAGGUGCUCUGGACAAUUGCUGCCUCUUGGGUUUAGCUGCACUGAGCUAACCAAACCAGGAAUUAACAGGACCGGCUCUCUGAUUGACAGCCAGAGGGGUGUAACCAGGCUAAUUUAUAAAAGUGACAAUUGCCUUUGAAAUCUGCACUUUUUGUAAAAUGAAAACAUAGGACAAACUUCAUUCAUAAAGCUUUUUCGAUAAAGUGCUUUAGGGGUCCAGAGUGUCUCUUUACAGAUAAGUACUUUUGAAAGCCUUCUGUUAGGAAUGUUAGAGCAUAUCAUUAACGCCAGGAGUCACCAUGUAGAAAAACCACUUACCUUGCUUUGAUCGGCUUCUUAUUCUGGAUGAUGCAGUGAAAUGUCGUCAGACCGGCUGGUAUGAUUUGUAAGGAUGGGAAGAUUCAUAAAAGAUGUGAUAUUAAAUCUGGUGUAUGUAAGUAGGAUUGCCUUGCCUGGACAGAACAAGCAUUCUGUUAGCGAUUUGGGGCCUGAAUAAUAUAAUGUCCCAAUUGUCAUUUUAGUAGGGGGGGGGGUUAGUAUGUGGGGUGGGUUAAUUUCCCUUUUUUUGCAAUAUUAUGUCUCUUUUAGUUAUAGUUUCCCUUUCACAUUGUAAUAAUGGGAUUUUUGUUUUUGACAAGUUUUUUGCUUCUUUGCCGGGCAUGAAUGGAGAAGAAAUAUAAAUGGAUGGAAUAUUCCUUAAAGCAGACGGCUGAGCUUGGUCUGGAGGUUCUAGAACGAGCCAAGCGGAGGGAAGUGAACUGGUCCGUCUCCUGCAAACAUGGACGGCAAAUGUGUCAGGAGCAGAUGUCACCGGAGCAGGACAAGGUCAGUUUCAUGAUCUGUGAAAUCUCAGCUCUGCGAUAGGUGAAUGUGCAUGCGCCAUGCAAUCCGUGAUUUAUACAUUAAAGUGAACCACCCACCCAAAGCUAGUAUUUUUACCUUAUAAAGAACUGAUUUUAUGUGCCUCACUCAUAUUUUAGUAAACAAGCCACAAACUUUACAAUAUAAAGUACAAUGUAACGGACCGUUUUGCACAAAAGGGGUAAAAACCGUUUAGGCGAUCGGCCCCCUUUCCAGAGAUGCAGGCACAGCUACUACAGAACACCAAACACACGAACCGCCAAUAAGUGAGUGCUCCAAACUCCCGAACGGCAUCCAAUAUAGCACUCCAAACACACGAACAGGAACCAAACGAAUUGCUGCUAGCAGACGAAUAGGAAAAGCAUCCAAGCGGCUCACACUCCUAGCAAUCAGUCUCUAUCAGCAUUCAGUAAAUUCCCCCCCCCCCAAAGACGAGACAAGGCUCCGUGUUGAGGGUCAAGCAGUGGUCUAUUCAUUCGUGCGGUUGUUCGGUAGAUUGAAUGGACGUGCAGAGACCACGGUCCCAUCUGCACAGUUGUGGGGCUUACUGUCUCCCCCUGGUACAUUAAGCUGCCGCUGGGGAGAGGGGGUAACAAGCUCCUCUGAAGACUGGGCUCCCAAUUCCCAAUAAUCUGUGCUGCCGCUGGGGAAUGGAGACUGGGCUCCCAAUUCCCUAAACAUCAUACUGGCGCUGGGGAAUGGAGACUGGGCUCCCAAUUCCCGGCAUAUCACACUGCCGCUGGGGAAUGGAGACUGGGCUCCCAAUUCCCAAAACAUCAUACUGCCGCUGGGGAUCUGAGCCGACUGCCCAGCAUCCCUGUAGCUCACCCUGCCACUGGGGAGGGAGGACGCUGCUCUCCUCUCCCUGCAAGGAACACUGCUGCUGGGGAACAGGACCACUUGUCUCUGCCCCCUGUAACUUAGUCUGCCGCUGGGGAAUGGAGCUUGGGCUCCCAAUUCCCUUCAAUACCGGUGGAGAGACCUUGGUCUCAUCUCCACCCGCCACCUGGGGUUCUUCCCAGUAAUCCUCUGCAAUAUCUACCCAGCUGAAGGGGUCUGGAUCUGGGUCUGCGCUUCCCUGCUGAGCCUUCUCACUGGAGUGGAACAGAUCUUGGUAGCCCUGCUCCAGCUCCAUCUCUCGGGUCACCAGGUGGACCAGGUCUUGCUCAAUUUCGUGAGUGUCGUCCCAGUCAUACCUGCUCUCCCUCCACUCCAAGAGAUCACUGAACCGGGCUUGUGUAGGGCUCCCAAACUCAGGCUUUGUAAAAGACUCCCAUAACAAGCCAGGACCAUCAAACUCCUCUCCCUCUGGCUUGUCAUGCUCGGCUGUCCAGGGCAGGUACUGUGCCCCAUACCACCAGAGCGCCUGGUAGGCAUCUUCCAGCCAAAUCUCCUGCCAUACUCGGAGCUCCAAUUCCUUCACCCAUUCAUCCAGGGGCUGCUCUCCCAGAAAGGGCAUCCGCAGGGCCACUCGCUUCUGCAGUCGCUGAUCUUCCUUGGGGAGUCUCUCGCCCCGCUGGUACUCCACCAUACCCAGUGCCUGGUACCAGAUGCCUUUGCGCAGUGCAUCUCGGUCAUCCAGGGCACCCUCGUCAUACUCCACUGCUGGUUCCAUCUCGGUGCUGUCAGGGUCGCUGUACUGGGACAUGCGUUGCCCUCAAAUUGUAAAAAUCCACUGAAUGGUGUUGCCUGUAGCUGUCCUGUUGUCUGUGGGAACGAUCCCGCCGCUUGCCACCAAUUGUAACGGACCGUUUUGCACAAAAGGGGUAAAAACCGUUUAGGCGAUCGGCCCCCUUUCCAGAGAUGCAGGCACAGCUACUGCAGAACACCAAACACACGAACCGCCAAUAAGUGAAUGCUCCAAACUCCCGAACGGCAUCCAAUAUAGCACUCCAAACACACGAACAGGAACCAUAUGAAUUGCUGCUAGCAGACGAAUAGGAAAAGCAUCCAAGCGGCUCACACUCCUAGCAAUCAGUCUCUAUCAGCAUUCAGUAAAUCCCCCCCCCCAAAGACGAGACAAGGCUCCGUGUUGAGGGUCAAGCAGUGGUCUAUUCAUUCGUGCGGUUGUUCGGUAGAUUGAAUCUACCAAACAACCGGCAGAAAAGCACGAAUAAAGCUUUUCUGCAGGCGAAACAAAGUCUUUUAACAUGGGGCCAUAGUCCAAAGGCAGCAGGCGGGCAACCAGGCUUCUCCAAUGCAAUGUGGCGAGAUUGGUCUCGUCACAAUUAUAGUAUGUGUUGCUUUCUAGGGUAGAUCUAUCCCUCAAUAAAUAAAAAAAGAUGUAUUUUAUUUUUAAUGAUUUGCUGGCAAUGUUUCUUUUCAUUCUACAGAUAACUUUUUAUUUCCUCCUAUAAUCGCUAUAUGUCUGCACAGUCACUGCAUUAGUUUUACAAAUUCCUUUCAUAUCAAUAUUUGCAGCCUUUAGAUGAGCGUGAAUGUCUGGAGGAAGCAUUUUCCGCCAUGGCCAAAUUCAUGCGUCACACGACGGAGCAGUGCGAGGUAAUUAACUUUUAUUUAUGUGAUCUUGAAUAAUUAAUGUUCUAGCGUGUAUGCAGCUAUAGAGCGUUGUACUGGUGGAAAUGGAAGAUAUGGAAUAUUAUUAACUAGUAAUGGCUGUUGUUGGCUCUGGAGAUGUUUAUGAACACUAAGAGCGAUUUGAUGCUUAUUACUGCACCUUACCAGGACACGUUUAGUUCUGGUACCAGUGAUGGCUGCAGCGGUAAUUGCACCCAGAGACAUUACCUGAUUGGUGUUUGUCUACCUCCAGUAGAUGUUUGGGUGCGGGGACUAUUUAUUUGGAAACCAUUAUAUAUCUGGGUAUAGGUUUUAUAUUUGCAAUUCCCAGGAAUGUCUCACCCUAAUAGUUUGUAUAAUUCAUAUAUAAGUUCCAUUGAAACCAGGUAGUCCAAGAACACUUCAGUUUGGUUUUUGUUGUAUCCUAAAUAUUGUGAGGACAUGAAAAGAUCUGAACACGCUAAAAUAAGACCUCUCUCAGAAAAAAAUUCCAAAAUAUGUCACUGUGCAAUCCACAAAGUCCUUGCACUCUGGCUCCAAAAGACGUUAAGGCCGGGUGCUCAAAAUCAGGGGGAGUUUUACAUACCAGUAGAUAGUGAUUAGCACUCACGUAUUUCCAAAAGUAGAUUAAAAAAUAAAGUUUAUUAAUCCAUGUAUUAAAAAAAAUAUAUAUAUAUAUAUAUUUUGCAUCUGAAUAUCUGGUGCAAUAAAUCUGAAUAACAGCAGAGGGCAGCAGAGGUCUGGUAGUGAUUUUUCACCGAUCUGGCUAAUAUAGUGAUUAGUCAUUGAUUUAUAAACUGACCCUUGUGUCAGUCCCUACAUUGGCUUCCUAUAAAAUAUAGAGCUCAAUUUAAAAUUCUGGUUCUUGCUUUCAAAUCUCUACAUAAUGCUGCUCCCACCUAUCCAUCCUCCCUUAUACACAAGUAUGUCCUGUCUAGGCCCUUACGAUCUGCUGAAGACUUACGUCUAUCUUCUGUCCGUACUCCCACCUCUGAUGCUCGCCUUCAAGAUUUCUCGAGGGCUGCACCGUUCCUGUGGAACUCUCUUUCCUCCUCCGUUAGAUGCUGACCCAGUCUCCACUCCUUCAACAAAUCAUUAAAAACCCACUACUUCAUAAAAGCGUAUCAAUUAAACUGUUAAUAGCUCCCGACUGAUUCCUCUUCUGCAACUGUCACUAGUCUAAUACUAUCCUUACCUUUUUGUGUCAUUUUACCCCAUUCCCUCUAGAAUGUAAGCUCAUUGAGCAGGGCCCUCAACCCCUCUGUUCCUGUGUGUCCAACUUGUCUGGUUACAACUACAUGUCUGUUCGUCCACCCACUGCAAAGUGCUGCAGAAUUUGAUGGCGCUAUAUAAAUAACAUCAUAAUAAUAAUAAUAAUUAAUAAUAAAGCAGAUUCACUGAGUUGUCUACAUUAAUGGCACUUACUCCCAAAGGAAAAUCAAUAGUGUGUGUUUGUUAUAUUAUUUUCAUAACACAUUUCUUCCCAAACCAGACUAACUGUAUAUGUAGUUGGUUGAAAUUGCGUUUUUAUUUACUUGCAUUUCAGAGAUACCAUAAUUGUGUCCCUGCAAGUGAUAUGAGGACACAGGAAAUAAAACAUAAGUGCAGAUUCCACAGCCCAAAACCAAUGCACAGAGAUCUGAAUCUGGUAUCGAAACAGGUAACAAGGAAAAGCAUG